GUUAUUUUAAACGUAGAUAUUCGCAGAGGUAACCAUAAUCUGUUUAAGAUACUGUCGUUAACACUGAAUGAUGUUUAUACCUUGCUAACGCCGUUGCGCGGUCUCUCAAACCUGCACUCUUUCCUAAUGUUAUUCAGAAAAGUUACUGGUUUCCGGUUUGUAAACCAACUGCGUAAUGUUCAAACGUCGACGUCGACUGAUUUAAAGCUUACAUUCGCAUCAUCAGGACAAGCGUUUUACAACAAUACUGUAGUGAGGCAGGUUGAUGUCCCAACUAUAACUGGUCGAUUUGGUGUUCUGCCAAACCACGUACCCACGGUUGGUUGCCUGAAACCUGGUGUUGUUGCAGUAACUGAAAAUGAUGGAAAUAUUAAGAAGUAUUUUGUUAGUAGCGGUAUCGUAACUGUCAACAGCGACUCAACCAUCCAAGUUCUUGCUGAAGAGGCAGCUUCGCUUGAUCAGCUGGACAUUCAGGCGGUUAGAGAAGGAAUAUCUAGAGCACAAUCUGAAUUAUCCAGUGCUACUACAGAAUUGGGAAAGGCGGAAGCUCAAAUUGCUGUUGAGGCAUAUGAAGAACUGUCUCACGCUCUUGAAAACCGAGGUUGAUGUUAAAUAUAUUUUCAUGUUUCUUAGAUCCAAUAAUUUUAGUGAAUAAUUUGUACAUUUUCUCAUAAAUAUGUUCUGUUUAAGGGUAGAAACAAUCAAAGUUAUGAUUAGAAAAAUUGGUGUUACUAAUUCAGCUGUAUUUCACUUAUACGUGACCGAGUAGUGACAGGAUGUACCACUAAGUUUUCUCAGUAGUCUACAGCAAGUACUUUUGUAGCUCCAACUUUUCAGUAAAUGUGUGUACACAUAAUACUUAGCCUGAAAACUGGGGUUUCUCAGACCUGUUAAUUUCUCAUAUUUCAGUUAUUUGUUAGUAAAUGACCAUGGACAUGGCAAACACUGACCUUUGCAUAAUUUGCUUUUUGUUGGUAGCGAUCAAACAGACACAAGCAAAGUAGUGAAGGAAACGAGUAGACAGAAACGAAGGAAGGAAUGUUUACUACUAACAUCUUGUACAAUAGUCAUCAAGUACGGUACACCUUACACUAAUACCGUUAUUUGCGUAAUGUGCUUCCUUUCUCGUUCUGCUUCUGUCUUGAUUUGCUUUUAAUAUGUCCGCGUUCUUAUGCGUUUCUCUGAGGAGCAUCCUUACCCAUUGCUAGUAAUUCCCACACUCUCAAAAAGUACUGCUUAUAUCCAUUCUGAUCAGUAAUACCCAUUACAGUAGGACCUGAAGUUAGUGUAUAGUGCUCCAUUUGUCAGACUCCACUUUAGCAGAUUUGUUAACUGGUAACACAAAGAAAUGAAAAUAAUGUAGUUCAGUCAGAGAAAACUAUGAAGCGAGAAAGGAGGAGUUAAAACAAAUAAUGAAAUGUGGCAUUGGGACAAAAAUGAAGAUAUAUACUGUGGAAUCGGAGUUGUAUCACCUGAUCUCAAAACCUUAGGUUCCCUAGUUUCAGCGGACUCCUUUUCUAGUGCGUGGCGUGUGAGAGUCAAUAAGUUGGGAACUCGACUUUCAAGUUAUGAAUCCUAGAUUCAGAUGCCACUCCACCUUUUGUCGUCUAGGCAACUGGAUUGUAUCACAAGUCGUUACAGUAAAGACUAUAGUCUCGUACAUGUACUGGAUAAGUUACAUUAUAACGAUUUAUCUCUUCAGUCCCAACUUAGAUGGCUGUACAACUCAGAUCAGUAGCCAUAAACUUCAUGUAUUAGUACCAGGUCUUUACCUAAUCACCCAUAUGUUUCUUCUAACAUAA